UUGUCAAAUCACUGCGUCUAGAAAAAAAUCUGACGGGCAAUAUAUCGCGCAUUUGAUCGGGUUGUUAUGCCUUACUGGCGAUGAAUGACUUGGGAAAAGACAGCCUACAUUGAGGAAGGCCUGCUUACUGAUAUAUCCUUAAUUUGAAGAUUGUGCCAUGCAUCCUCCUGGUAAACAGCUGAUGCCCACAUAGAGGUCACUCAGCCUCCUGAUACCACUCGCUUUGGCCCAGAGGAUGCUGGGAAUGUGUCGUGGGCGCAGGAAGUUCCUGGCUGCCUCUCUUGCCCUGCUCUUUAUACCAGCUCUCACCUGGCUCUACCUUUCUUCAGGGAACUUCCAAGUCAAGCCCCUGCCCCUGUCACCCUUAGACCUUCAGGCCUCUACUCUGAUAGGUGGAGUUGGUGAACGGCAAGCUUUGGAGCUGCGGGUUCGAGAAGUGGAGGAAGAGAACCGCGCCCUGCGAAGGGAACUGAGCCAGCCCCCAAAGAGUCCCACCCACAUCAACCACCACCAUGGUCGUCAAGGCAACCACUCACACACCCACUCCACUGAAGAAGGCACUGGUGACAGUGAGGCGCAAAAAGGGGUUGCCGCUGGCAACAGCUCAGACUGUGUGCAACAGCCUGUGGUUGACAAGUGUGAGACAAUCCACGUGGCCAUAGUGUGUGCUGGUUACAAUGCCAGCAGAGAUGUGGUGACCUUGGUCAAAUCAGUUCUCUUCCACCGGCGGAACCCUCUCCACUUCCACUUCAUCACAGACUCCAUCGCCCAACAGAUCCUGGCUUCCCUCUUCCACACUUGGAUGGUGCCGGCGGUCCGGGUAGACUUCUAUGAUGCUGACGAACUGAAGUCGGAGGUGUCGUGGAUCCCCAAUAAGCAUUACUCUGGUAUCUAUGGCCUAAUGAAGCUGGUGCUGACCAAGACUCUGCCCUCUGACCUGCAGCGGGUCAUUGUCCUAGACACUGACAUCACCUUUGCCACAGAUAUUGCUGAGCUCUGGGCUGUCUUUCACAAGUUUAAAGGUCAGCAGGUGCUGGGACUGGUUGAGAAUCAGAGUGACUGGUAUCUGGGGAAUCUCUGGAAGAACCACCGACCUUGGCCUGCUCUGGGCAGAGGAUUCAACACAGGGGUGAUUUUGCUGCUCCUUGACCGUUUGAGAAAACUCAGAUGGGAGCAGAUGUGGAGACUGACUGCAGAGAGAGAACUGAUGAGCAUGCUCUCCACCUCACUAGCAGACCAGGACAUUUUCAAUGCAGUCAUCAAACAGAACCCCUUCCUGGUGCACCAGCUGCCUUGCUUCUGGAACGUUCAGCUGUCUGAUCACACUCGCUCCGAGAAGUGCUACAGAGACGUGUCAGACCUCAAGGUGAUCCACUGGAACUCUCCUAAAAAGCUGCGAGUGAAGAACAAACAUGUGGAGUUCUUCAGAAACCUUUACCUCACCUUCCUGGAGUAUGAUGGGAACCUGCUGAGGCGAGAACUCUUUGGUUGCCCCAGUGAGACGGACCACAACAGUGAGAAUCUCCAGAAGACUCUGUCAGAGCUGGACGAGGACGAUCCGUGUUAUGAGUUUCGGCGGGAGCGUUUUACGGUGCAUCGCACACACCUUUACUUCCUGCACUAUGAGUACGAGCCCAGUGCUGACAACACUGAUGUCACACUGGUGGCCCAGCUCUCCAUGGACAGGCUACAGAUGCUAGAGGCCAUCUGUAAACACUGGGAGGGUCCCAUCAGUCUGGCGCUCUACCUGUCUGAUGCUGAAGCCCAACAGUUCUUGCGUUAUGCUCAGGGCUCUGAGGUGCUGAUGAGCAGGGGCAAUGUGGGAUAUCACAUAGUCUACAAGGAGGGCCAGUUCUACCCUGUCAACCUGCUCCGCAACGUGGCCAUGAGGCAGGUCAACACACCGUACAUGUUCCUGUCUGACAUCGACUUCCUGCCCAUGUAUGGCCUCUAUGAGUACCUCAGGAAGUCUGUGGUGCAGCUGGACAUGGCCAACACUAAGAAAGCUCUGGUGGUUCCAGCGUUUGAGACGUUGCGCUACCGACUGUCCUUUCCCAAAUCCAAGGCUGAGCUUCUGUCCCAGCUGGACAUGGGCACACUCUUCACUUUCAGAUACCAUGUUUGGACAAAAGGCCAUGCCCCAACUAACUUUGCCAAGUGGCGGACAGCCACUACACCCUAUCGAGUGCAGUGGGAGGCAGAUUUUGAGCCUUAUGUUAUGGUAAAGAAGGACAGCCCGGAGUAUGACCGCAGGUUUGUGGGCUUCGGUUGGAACAAGGUGGCCCACAUCAUGGAGCUAGAUGCCCAGGAAUAUGAGUUUGUGGUCCUACCUAAUGCCUACAUGAUCCACAUGCCUCAUGCACCCAGUUUUGAUAUCACCAAGUUCCGCUCCAAUAAGCAGUACCGCGUUUGCUUAAAGACUCUAAAAGAGGAGUUUCAGCAGAACAUGUCCCGUCGCUAUGGUUUUGCUGCACUCAAAUACAUGACUGCUGAUAACAACAGCUAGCUGACUCCACUACUUAGGAUGGGAAAAAAAGACUUCAAUACAAAGCUGAUUUGGAUGCCACAAAGGACGAUUGAUUUGAGAAGUGGCUUACUUUCCAGCUGACUACCCUUCAAAAUGCUAAAGUAUGCCAAUAUAUGCUGAACAGAAGAUAUUCAGGAACUCUCAACAUAUCUUUUCAGAUCCUCAGAGAGAUUACUGUGGCCAGUGAUCAUCCAUCAUUUCAUUCAGGGAGUUUAAGAGACUGGUUAUAU